UCGUUAUUAGGUUGUUAGGUGCAGGCUCUUCUCGUAGGGAGGCUGGGGUAGAGCGCUGACGUUAGGGGCUUUUCCCCACAAAAACACGCCGGCCUAAAAAACCACCGACACAUUAAUGGUCUUCAAAAUAUAUUUUUUCGUCGCCUGACAGGUCCAAGUAAUGCAUCCCUGGUUCGCCCUGAACGGGGAGUCUCUCUCUUUUUCAGUCUGAAUGCAUUGAAAGGCGAUUUCUCCCCCAUUACCUACCGCUCUUGUCUAUCCCUCUAAGCUAGCUAGCUAGCUAGCCGUCUCUUUUUCGCUGUUUCUGUUCCCCGGUAGCUAGCUAUUCCUGCUUCUACCCGCCGCCUUUGUUUUUUUUAUACCUCAGAGUUCAUUUCGGAUAUUGGUUAGAGGAAGGCAAAAAUGGGUGCGUUUUUGGACAAGCCAAAGAUGGAGAAGCAUAACGCGCACGGCGACGGGAACAGCCUGCGUUACGGCCUGAGCAGCAUGCAGGGCUGGAGGGUGGAGAUGGAGGACGCGCACACGGCGGUCAUCGGCCUCCCACACGGACUCGACCGCUGGUCCUUCUUCGCCGUGUACGACGGGCACGCUGGCUCGCAGGUGGCCAAGUACUGCUGCGAGCACCUGCUGGAGCACAUCACCAACAACCCGGACUUCCGGGGCGCCGAGCAGGAGCCCUCGGUGGAGAGCGUGAAGACGGGCAUCCGGACGGGCUUCCUGCAGAUCGACGAGCACAUGCGCUCCAUCUCGGAGAAGAAGCACAGCGUGGACCGGAGCGGCUCCACGGCCGUGGGCGUCAUGAUCUCGCCCAAGCACACCUACUUCAUCAACUGCGGCGACUCGCGGGGCCUGCUGAGCCGCGGCGGCAAGGUGCACUUCUUCACGCAGGACCACAAGCCCAGCAACCCGCUGGAGAAAGAGCGCAUCCAGAACGCCGGCGGCUCUGUCAUGAUUCAGCGCGUCAACGGCUCUCUGGCCGUCUCCCGCGCCCUGGGCGACUUCGACUACAAGUGCGUGCACGGCAAGGGCCCCACGGAGCAGCUGGUCUCCCCGGAGCCCGAAGUGUACGAGAUCGAGCGGUCGGAGUCGGACGACGAGUUCAUCGUCCUGGCCUGCGAUGGCAUCUGGGAUGUCAUGGCCAAUGAAGAACUGUGUGACUUUGUCAGGUCCAGGCUGGAGGUGACGGAUGAUCUUGAGAAAGUCUGCAACGAGAUUGUUGACACUUGUUUGUACAAGGGAAGCCGGGACAACAUGAGUGUGGUGUUGAUCUGCUUUCCUGGCGCACCCAAGGUAUCUGCGGAAGCUGUGAAGAGAGAGGCGGAGCUUGAUAAGUACCUGGAAAGCAGAGUAGAAGAGAUCAUUAAGAAGCAGGGGGACGAAGGAGUGCCAGACUUAGUCCAUGUGAUGCGUACAUUAGCAACGGAGAGCAUCCCCAACCUCCCGCCGGGGGGAGAGCUGGCCAGCAAACGGAGUGUUAUCGAAGCAGUAUACAACAGACUCAACCCAUACCGGAGUGAUGACACAGACCCUGACAUCCUCCUCUUCCGCGGUUUCAGCUAAAAUGGGACCAAAACGCAAGACGUCCACGCAUCUACAGUUCUACGGGUUGAUGUUGCUUUGAUUUUGUUUUUGUUUUUUUGUCAUCUUCCAGCCUUGAAAUUUUAGGUUGGUGCUAAGUAAAUGGUGCUGUAAUUGAAUAAAGGGGAGCACCCAGUCAUGGAGGAACUAAUGGAACCAUAAUAACCCCCUCCUCCUCUAUUUAUGUGAUCAGUGCAUAAGUGUCACCUCUACAGGUGAAAAUCAGUACAGGCAGGUUCAGUUUGUGUUCUAGUUGAGUCAUAGCAUGCUUGGUUCAGAAAUCAUAGUAAUCACAGUAUAUGC